AUGCCGGGCCGGGCGGAGCCGUCGGGGGGCCGCGCGGCGGCGGUGCCCGUCCCGGUCCCAGUGCCAGUGCCGGUGCGCAGCGCCCUCCCCGAGCGCGCGGCGCGGCCGGGCGGCGCGGGGCUGCGGGCCAAGGGCUUCGCCAUCACCGACCUGCUGGGUCUGGAGGCCGAGUUGCAGCCUCCCCACGGCCCCGCUGGCCCCGGCCCCGCCGCCGCCGUCGCCGCCGGCUACGAGGGCGGCGCGGCGCUGGGGCUGGGGCUGGGGCUGCUGUGCGGCUUGGCGGCACCCGGCGGGCCGUGCCUGCUGCCCGCGCCGCUGCCGCUGCUGCCCGCCCGCGGCCCGCCGCCGCCCGCGGCCCGCCGCCGCAGGGAGCACCUCUCCGAUGAGGACAGCCUGUCCGGGGACACGAGCGAGCUGAAGACAUCAACCUCACAGAUCAAGAGGAAGAAACGGCGGCACAGGACAGUGUUCACAGCUCACCAGCUGGAGGAGCUGGAGAAGGCUUUCAAUGAAGCUCACUACCCGGACGUCUAUGCCAGGGAGAUGCUGGCUGUGAAAACGGAGCUGCCGGAGGACAGGAUACAGGUUUGGUUUCAGAACCGAAGAGCCAAGUGGCGGAAGAGGGAGAAGUGCUGGGGCCGGAGCAGUGUGAUGGCUGAGUAUGGCCUCUAUGGGGCCAUGGUGAGACACUCCAUCCCUUUGCCUGAGUCAAUCAUCAACUCCGCCAAGAGUGGGCUGGUGGGAUCCUGCGCCCCGUGGCUGCUGGGCAUGCACAAAAAGUCCAUGGAGGUGAGCAGGAAGGUGGAGAGCCAGGAGAAGCCAGCAGAUGGCUGGCAAGAGGAGCAGACUGAGGAGGACUGCAAAGGGAAGCAGGCCAGUUCCCAGAGGAGCUCUGACAAGCUUGGCCCUGCAAACAAUUCGGAGGACACGGCCAUUGACCUUUCCAGGACAGCCAGACGCGAGAAGAGGAGCGUGCUGAGGCAGUGCAUCAAUGCGGACCCCCCCAUGGAGCAGGAGGACAGGGACCACUGAGCUUGGACUGCCCCUGGGGAGCCCAAGCCUUUCAGCUCCCUGAGAAGAUAAGAAUAUUUAUUGAUAUAUUUUUUUUCCUCAAAUAAUUGAACUUUUAUCUGAAUUCAGGGCAUUCUAAAACUGACACCCCCCCCCUCCGUCCCCUCACUUCUCAGCUGUUCACUUCUCAGCAGAGCAAAGAUGAAGCCAGGGUGGAGGGUGGGAGAGGAGUCCAAACAUAGCCAAAAGCGGUGUGAAAACAAUACUAUGUUUUGGGCAGCACGGACAGUCUCUUGGAAAGAGCUUCCCUUUCCCCCCGGGAUGUGAAUGCUUCCCCGGCCGUCUGGAAGCAUGAAGAGCAGCAAUGCAAUGGGAGAUGAUCCCUGCCCAAGCGCAUGGGUGCAAAGGGUGUAGGAGUUUACAGGCGCCUUUUUUGAGUACUUCCAUCCCUACACAGCACCCAUGUGGCAGCUUCCUCCGCUUGGAACAUGCAACUCUUCCACCUCAAGGAGCAGCAGGGUUUUUAAACAUGGUAGAGUCCAUCUUCCAGCUGGUAUAAGCUGACAGAUAUGUCAGUUCAUAUCUGCCGAGGAUUUGGCCUGCCAAUGCAGUCUUAUCACUGGAUUUACACUGUGUAGCUUCCUUAACUCUCAUUUGGGGGAAGGGGUAAAGACACUUUUAUUUAUGCAAUGAUUUUUGUACACGCUUGAAUGUUUUCUGCCAUACUAUGCAUAAUAGAACAGACCUUUUUGAAAACCAAGCCAUAGUACCCUGGAACAAUUAAACAAUUUUGUGAAUUGACAUAGCAGACUAUUUUGUAAGUGUCUGUAAAAGUGUAAUGUCAGAGCCAUUUCUUGGUGGUCUUAUUUAUGUCUAAAAGCACUUUAGUCUUUUUUUUUUCUGAAUGUAGCUCUUCCUGUUUUGUCCAUCACUUAUUUAUUACACAUCCAUAAAUAAAAUUGUGGUGUAUCUUUG